AUGACGUCCAUCCUCCACCUCCCGUCGGAAGUAAUCAUCAGCAUCUUCCAGUACUUGACCCCACGAGAAACGCUAGCCCUCAUCAAAAGGCUCAAGCUGCACCAGCAUGAGUUCAGAAUCAAGAUGAUCAUCAACUUGAUGUACCAACGGUUGUUCAACGGCAAGGUGAUGAUCGUCAACGAAGUGCCCAAGGAUAAGCUUCUUGGCGACACCCUUUUGACGGUGUCGUCGUUCGAGGAAAUCUUCAAGGUUGACUGCUACGAAAACCAUCUCUUCAAAGACAUUCGUCCCAACAGCAUCGAGUUCAAGUUCACCAGACAAGCCAACGACUACUCGACCUUUAUCCACAACCUCUACGAGUUUAACCAGUUGUUGGAGGCCAGGAACUGUGGUAGCGAUCUGGUGACCGCAUACUUGGACAAAACGCUCCAAAUGACGUUCUACGCGGAUGCCAACUUGAUCAUGGUGGAAAACCCUACCUCGUUGUCAGCCAUCAUGAUCAAGGUGUUGAUCAACUUGGCCACCCAUCCAGCUAUGGCCCACAAGUUCGAUCUGGUGGCCAUCAAGUCGACCGAUAUCGGCAACAUCUACGUUUCCCAGUGGGGCCAGCUCUUUGCCAAGUUUGGCAACUUGCACGAGCUCGACCUUUCCGACAAUAUGAUACGGAACUACUACGACGAUGCCUGUGACGUGCUCACCAAGUUCAAGUUCCCCAGGGGGCUCAAAAAGCUCACUCUCAACAACAACCAGUUGACCACCGUUUCACGCGAGUUCAUCAAGGCACUUCCUCCUUCCCUUGAAGAGCUCCUGUUGAGCAACAAUCGCAUCAGCGAAGUUUGUCCUGGCAUCGUCCCCUUCCGGGUCCGCGGCCAUCUUCCAAAGCUCAGGCUGUUGGACUUGAGCUUCAACUAUGCACCUGGCAUCGAUCUCCGCAUGUUCUGCACCACCACCGACCUUGAUAUAGACCUUCGGGAAACAGGCAUCUCCCGGGAAAUAGCUGUUCGGGCAGCGCAAGCGUUGGGGUUCACGCUAGCAUGA